AUGCCUCGCCUGCGUAUCCGCCAUGUCGCCAUUUGCGUGGCAAUUGUUGUGUGGAUCUACUGCUUCCUUCCCGCGAACCAACAUGCAGGUAUUGCCCCGGGCGUCAAUCACGAUGCGACCAUCAGCCUUGCGCGCUACAUGAAUGAUGUAUCCGGUAUACCGCCCAUUCGCGCAAAAGCGAGCAGUUUCGACUGGAGUUCGGUCAACUUUACCUAUCCGCUGCAACGCAAACCAAAUUUACCCGCCCCGUUCAGAAAUCGACCUCGCAUACAACAUCCCGCUAGAGCCGAAUCGCAGGAGGCCAGACGACUCGAGGUCAAGAGAGUGUUUAAGAAGAGCUGGGCUAGUUACAAGAGCAAUGCAUGGAUGAAAGAUGCGCUGAAGCCUAUUAGUGGGGGUUAUGUCGACCAAUUCUCGGGCUGGGCUGCUACGCUCGUGGAUAGUCUUGACACGUUGUGGAUGAUGGGCAUGCGUGAAGAGUUCUACGAGGCUGUCAGGGCAGUUUCAACGAUUGAUUUCGGCACCUCGACUUCAUCAAGAGUAAAUACUUUUGAGACGUGCAUUCGAUAUCUGGGUGGACUCCUAGCGGCAUACGACUUGAGUGGGCAUGACGCACUAAAAGCAAAAGCGAUUGAGGUGGGCGACUUGUUGUAUGCCGGAUUCAACACGGAGCAUGGCAUACCAGUCGACUUUAUCAACUUUGAAGAAGCAAAGAAGGGUGGAGGCUUGGUUGUGGAGAGCGAGGUGGUCAGCGCGAGUCCUGGUACAAUCACUCUGGAGUUUAGCCGGCUCAGCCAAAUCACCGGAGACGACAAGUACUAUGCUGCAGUAUCGCGUCUGAUGGAUGUUUUCCACAAAGACCAGAACGCGACCAAGCUGCCUGGAAUGUGGCCCAUGAUGGUGUCUAUGCGUAACCGGGAUGUGGUGUCUGGAUAUCAAUUCACCAUUGGUGGAAAUGCAGAUUCGCUGUAUGAAUACCUGCCCAAGGCACACGCUUUGCUUGGUUCAGUCGAUCCCAGCGCAGCCAAGUUUGAAACCAUGUCGCGCGCUUUCUUGGACACGGCAAUGAGCAACCUAUUCUUUGCGCCGAUGAUACCAGGCCAGGAAGAAAUUCUCAUCUCCGGCAAUGUUGACGUCCUCGAAGAUGGCCCGAGCCUCGAUCCUGAAAGCGAACACCUUUCAUGCUUUAUUGGUGGACUCUACGCACUCAGUGGACGCCUAUUCCAAAACGAUGAAUACCUUGACCACGGAGUCAAGCUAGCUCGUGGUUGCGCUUACGCGUACCAGGCCUUCCCAUCCGGUAUCAUGCCAGAGAGAUAUAACAUGGUCUUGUGCCCGGGUCCCGAUCACCGCAAACGCUGCGCUUGGGACGAGAAGCGAUACACUGAAUCCGCAGCCGCACGCCCACAAUACAAACCCAACCUCCCUAAGGGUUUCACCACCGCCAAGGAUCCCCGCUACAUUCUCCGCCCCGAAGCAAUCGAAUCCGUCUUUAUCCUCUGGCGCAUCACCGGCGACCCUGUCUGGCGCGAAACCGCAUGGACAAUGUUCGAAGCUGUAGCCGCGGAAACAGAUACCAAGCUCGCUAACGCGGCCAUCAUGGAUGUUACGGUCAAAGGAUCCGAAAAAGAGGAUUACAUGGAGAGUUUCUGGAUGGCCGAGACGCUCAAGUAUUUUUAUCUGUGCUUUGCUGAUACUGGCUUGAUUAGCCUUGAUGACUUUGUACUCAAUACUGAGGCUCAUCCGUUUCGCUUGUGGAGGUAG